GGAGGGACGUCCGCGCGCGCGUGUGCGGCGUGCGGCGGGUGACGUCCCUGACGUCAAAGCGCAGUCGCGCGGCGGAGAGGCACUUUUUAAGCGUGACCGUGAGGGAGUCCCGCGAACAGUUUCGCUUUUGAUGCCGUGCUGGGAACGGAGCGCUGCUCGUCGCCGCUUCUGGGUCGCCUUUCAAGCGCACGUGCUACACCGCUCCUCCUGAUAUUUGGAACCGUACUCCGGGACCGGCACACGAACGGAAAACAUGGCUUCGUCCAGAACCCAGCCCGCGCUGUCGCUAGUCCUGUUCGUCCUCACGCUCAGCCAAGGUUCCUACGCUACCCACUGGUCCUACAUUGGCGAAACUGGUCCGUACUUCUGGCCAAACCUAGACCUCGGAUCUUCCACUCCCAAUGAGUGCGGCGGCAAGUACCAGUCGCCCGUGGACAUCAGCGAACGGUACACGGACUACGACGGCAACAUGGGGCCGCUGAGGUUCAACAACUACCACAGGGCGCUCAAGAGUCCCAUCAUCGUCAACAACGGCCACACAGCGAUGGUGUCUGGCACUCCCGACCGCGAGGUGUACGUGGAGGGCAACUCUCUGAGCGGGAAAUACCAGUUCGCCCAGCUUCACUUCCACUGGGGAGCUAACUCGAGCCGGGGAUCCGAGCACACCUUCAGCGGGACCACGUACCCCUUGGAGAUGCAUUUGGUUCAUUUCAACCAGAAUUACGGAAGCGCUCCCCAAGCGAUGAAGCGCCGUGACGGAUUCUUGGUGGUUGCAGUUCUUUUUGAGAUCUCCAGGGAAAACAACCCCAACUUCCAGACGAUUGUGGACGCGUUGUCCCGCGUUCGAACUGAAGAGGCCAAUGGGGUGGAACUUCCCAACCCAGUGGUGCUCAACGACCUUCUGCCAGCUAUUUCGAGUGAAUACUACCGCUACAACGGUUCCCUGACCACACCCCCGUGCUCUCAGGCGGUCAUCUUUAACAUCCUCACCAACACAGUCCCCAUUAGCGAGCAGCAGAUGGAACAGUUCCGGCAGCUGCGAGCCGGUUCCCAGGACGACUCGCCGCUCCUGGUCGACAACUACAGGCCCGUGCUUCCACUGAACGGACGCCAAGUGUUCAGGAGCUUCCCGUCGGCCUCCACGCCGCUCUUCAGACCCACAGAGGGCGCUACGUCGGUACUGCUCUUUCUACUUGCAUAUGGUGGUGGACGCUCGCUCCUCUGCUAGGUGGCGCCUCGGAGCACCGUUAUACUUAAGACAAGACGACGAAGCAGAAUCCCAUAGCAUCCACAUGGACAGGCACUCACUAGACGCAGUAGUCACAGACAAGUGCUGUAGCCGGCCUGUCAGCGUGUGCGCUACGAGACUCGCGACACCACUGUAGCGGUUUAGGUGCAGUUCCGAACUGUUUUGCUCAUCUGCAAGGCAAUGAGUGGGCAUGGGACAUGUUGAUAGCUACGGCAAAAGAACAAAAGUGAAAAUAAGUCAUGGGUCACCUAGGACUAAUAUUAUUUUAUUAAAUAUUAGAAGAGUCGAAGGUCACCCUCUCGUUUAAUAGUUGCAAAGAAAUGCGUGGAUUUCCCAAGACGGGCGGUGGAUCGUGCUUUUCUCGUUGUCCUCGGACCGCUACUUGAAUGCAACCUAGAAACUUCGGAACACGUGCAAAAAUGUUGAUAGUGGAUACGCAUAACACCGUUGUGUUUGCUUCGAUGAACCCUGUAGAGUAGAAAUGAAUUGGGAAUUCCUUAAGGGAUAACAGCGCGGACAGACGACCACAAAACUGAUCCAAGCGGCAAUAUAUUUUGUUGCACACAACGUGACACUAGUCGUCCAGGAAAUUUCGCAUAAUCUUAUUUCUCACAAGAUUUCGAAAUUUCCGUGGGUAGCCAAUUAUAAGGUCGUACGCCUAGACGUACGAGCCAAUUAUUUUUGUCCAUAUGUACUAUGUGCCAAAGGGGUUCGUCUCUGUAGGGAUCCCGAGUCCCGGCAACUAUCUUCGCGGAAACCAGCGUCGCAGACGUUUGUCACGCUUCAGCGAGGGUUCACAUUUCUCAAUUUGCGCAGAUUAGAACAUCGGAAGAGCGAUUCAGUUCAUUUUCAUUACAUUGUUCAAAAUGAAACACCAUUCUAAUUUGGAGCUCACUCUACUCCAAUCUCCGUGAUAAGCGACCUUCGUUGGGUGAUCCUGCUCUUUUUCAUGUGUUGGAACAUUGCACUGCUCUUCUCUGUUGUUGCCAAGUUAAUUUCGGAAUGUGUAUAAUGCGACCGAUCGAUCUAAUCAGAUUCAGUCAAGUAAGAUACCGAAAUCAGCGCAAGGUGGCAUCGAGAAUUAUUUCUUUGUUUGUUUUUGAAACGCUCGAGCGUGUAGGAACGACAUAUCACUUUUUGACCGAAUAAGCGGCAUAGACAGUCUAAAAAAAUUAAUAAAUUUCGUGCGUUUUCGUCUUAAAAUACCGAUCUUUCGUCGACGAAAGCAAACGAACCCUGUAGCCUCGACUUUAGAGACGGUUUUUAAAAAUCGAAGCCAACAGAAGCAGGAAAAUAUAUGAAGCAUUUACUUGCGGUUCGGUGUAAUUUAGGCCAAAUUAUCUGUCUGCAAAAAGAAAUGAUUUAAGAACUGGCCGCAAAACCGAAUGGCAUACGUUAAUGAAUGGUUUUUCAUAGGAUUGAGAAUCGAACCCUCGCUGUAGCAUCUUUUGAGCGUGUUGGUUUCCGAGUCUUGCUAGUGUGUAACAGUCCUGCAAAAGUGCAAUUGACAAAACAAAAGAAAAAAAAACUUAGCAUGUGUCCCACGUUUGACUUCCUGCUGUUGUCUCCUGCUGCGGUCAUCUGGAACAAAAGCGGCUGAAAGAAGCCUGCGUUUGCAAGGAUUUGAUUGCCGGCGUGAAGAACCCCUGUGCGAAAGUGAUCACGUGGCCUUGUUGUUUGUCCAGAUGUUCCUCUCGCGAAUUGAGCGCUGGCUUUGUACUCCUCACGAGCUGCCUGUUAAACGUUGUUCUAACGCUCCAGUUUACCUUUAGCAGGAACAUUCUUCUGUGCCGUGAUCGUUCCUUGUCUUCAAUGCAGAGGAUAAUUACCUAGAUAUGUAUAUCCAUGCAUGUCUACAUGUGUAUAUAUAUAUAUGCUACAUACGACUAGUGAAGUAAGGUAAAGUAACAGUGACCGGAAAGUGUUAAUUAGUAAGAGAUAUAUGCACCAACUGGAAGAAUUCACUGAAAGGAAAUAUGCACUAUGCGGAAAUAAUGGCCACUGACAGAAGAGUUGUUGACGAACGUUUAAUCGACAUUUGGAUCGGGGACCCCUUUAACGAGAAAAAAUAUUUACAACUCGUAAAAAUUUAUAUACCCAUCAAAAUUAACGGGAAUAAAUAAUAAAAGGCAAAAACCAAGCAAGAAAAAAAGCGAGAACGAUUUCUCAGUUAGAGAUAGCGAAAAUCUGCGCACAAAAGACCAUCGCCAACUCGCCAGCUUAAUUCACAAAUAGGGUCACACUGACACAGGUGUCGUUGUGACGUGUGAUUUAGAAGUGCAUGGUAUCUUUAUUUAAAAUAGGGUCGUAUAGUUCUGAGAAAGGCGUCGCAGGUAUGCUGACUGCAUUUGAAGUAACUGCAGUUACCGAACAUUUAUAGAGGAACAGUCUUCCCUCUCGGCAUUUUGGCCCAUUACCCGCGUGCUCGCCAAUGUUAAAGUUGGACCGUUAGCGAUCACGCACAUAGCGACAUUACGUAAGCGGUGAAACAUGUUAGGUGAAAUUGUCGGAUAGGCGCAAGGAUCACCUACAACGAAAAAAAACGUAGAGUAGCGAUGCCACGACCAAAGCAAGGAGAGCACAGUAGAAGGAGUAUAGGGCUGUUGUUGUGCCGCCAACACUGCGGAAUUGCCAAAUAGUUUGUUCGAUGAUCGAACCUUGCUGACGCCAUGCGACUGAAACUCGGCGUUAAAACACUAAGCUCUCAAGAGAACCGGUGAUAGUCGUCCCAAAGAGGAUGCAUGCAGCAUCAGCAUUUGAAAAAACAUUUUUUUAUCAGUUAAGCCAAGCGAGGCAUUAAAGCAUAAUUACUCAGCAAUUAAUCCGGUGUGAUAAUACUUUUCUAUUAUCACACCUCACUAAGCUGAGAGAAUGACGAAGUCUAAAACGUUUACACCCCAGUGCGCAUUUUGUUCUUUCGUACAAUAAUAUUUUGUAACAAGUCAAUCUCCUGCCGGUGCUGAUCAGCAGGCACGCGAUGUCCACACCAUAUCUUUUCUAACGAUAAUGAUUGGAAAAGUUCGAGGACGAGCACUUGGAAGGUUCUUGGCCUUGGGUUGCAAAUAUUUAGAACACCUGCUUUUUUUAAAGAAGACGAUGCUCCCCUACAAGGUUUCAGGCCUCAGGAGCUCUUUAGAAUGAUCUACGUGAGCCUGUCGAUGUGCUGCUCUGAUUUGAAAAGAGUCAAGGGCGUCGUCCCCGUUGCCAUACCAUGCAUGACUGUGCGAGAUUGUAACAGAGCUGUGGUUAUGUUUCGGUCCGCCCCUCAAAGUAUGAAAUAUUUGUCAGCAAGGUUCGAUUGUGUCCGCAUUAUUUUUGGAUGCCCUUCAGCGGUGUUUGUGCGCACUGUAGUGAAAGGAAAAAAAAGAGGAAGAAAGAAAGAAAACUUAUACUCCCUUUGACGUAUGCGAGAGCAAGGUCAUACUUUUUAACCUUUACACACAGUUGUACAGAGGUUCGAGUUCUUGGAAUUGUCGUUACGGUUUCUGUUCACUGUCCUUGUUGAUGUCGACGUAAUUUAAGACUUUUCUGUUAUUUUUUUCUCCCGAUGUUUGUUCCCCGUGGUUCGAUUGCAUAGUGGCAGUCCCUGUAAUGGCUGUUCCCUGUGCUCUAUUUGUUGUUUAUCUACCACAAAGAAAAAAAAGAGAGAAAAAGAAAAUUAUAUAUUUAUCGCGAAAUAAAAUUUGUUGGUUGAA